CUCACACGCAGGCAGAGGCCCGGGCGGGGGCGUCACCAGUCCGAGAGAGGCGGGCAGCCGUCACCCGGAGAGGGCGUCACCGUGACAUCACCGCCCCCACCUCCCGACACCGGAAGUGGGAGGCUCGUGGCGUCCGGGGAGAGAUCGCUGCGCGUGAGAGCUCGCUACCAUGUCCACAGACGACCCCCUACCUGGUGGAUCCGAGGCCGGGAGCUCCUGGCCAAAUUCCUCCUCCAAUGUUCCCUCCACCAAGUUCGAGCUGGAGAAGGAGACGGAGCUGCGUUUGGAGGUAGAGGGCUCCACCACCGUGCAGGUGGAGCUGAUCUCCGGGCUGGCUGAAGUGUUUGGGACGGAGCUGACCAGGAACAAGAAGUACACGUUCCCACCGGGGAGCAAGGCCGCUGUCUUCACGUGGCACGGGUGCACCGUUCAGCUGUGGGGGAGCCCGGACGUGGCGUAUGUGUCCAAGGACACCCCCAUGCUGCUGUAUCUCAACACCCACGUGGGACUGGAGCAGAUGCGGGUGCAGGCAGAGCGCGAAGGGGAGAGGGGCCCUCGGGUGCUGGUGGCCGGGCCCUCGGACGUGGGUAAGUCCACACUGUGUCGGCUGUUGUUGAACUACGCUGUGCGGAGAGGCCGGCGCCCCACCCUGGUGGAGCUGGACGUGGGCCAGGGAUCGGUGUCUGUGCCUGGUACGGUUGGAGCCCUCUGCGUGGAGCGGCCGGCGGAUGUAGAGGAAGGAUUCUCCGCUCAAGCGCCACUGGUCUAUCACUUUGGAUCUACGACUCCAGGGACGAACAUCAAGUUGUACAACAAGCUGACCUCCCGCCUGGCCCACGUCUUCAACUUGAGAUGCGACGCCAACCGGCGGGCCUCCGUCAGCGGCUGCCUUAUAAACAGUUGCGGCUGGGUGAAGGGAUCCGGCUAUCAGGCCCUGAUACACGCGGCCUCCGCCUUCGAAGUGGACGUGGUGAUAGUCCUGGACCAGGAACGCCUGUACAACGACCUGCGCCGCGACCUCCCCCACUUUGUCCACACGCUGCUCCUUCCCAAGUCCGGCGGGGCCUCCGAGCGCUCUAAAGAGUGUCGGAGAGAGUCCAGGGACCAGCGGGUGAGGGAGUACUUUUACGGCCCCCGGGGGUCACUCUAUCCCCACGCCUUUGAGGUGAAGUUCUCGGAGGUGAAAGUCUAUAAGGUCGGGGCGCCUUCUAUUCCGGACUCUUGCCUCCCGUUGGGCAUGUCCCAGGAGGACAACCAGCUGAAGCUGGUGCCGGUGUCGCCGGGCAGAGACAUGGCACAUCACCUGCUCAGCGUGGUGCCCAUCGAUGGUGGAGAAGAAGAAGGAGUGGAGGAAAAAAAUGUGGCUGGCUUUAUCGUCACCACCGGAGUGGAUACUGAGAGAGAGACCCUGACCGUGCUUUCCCCGGCUCCGCGACCACUGCCCAAAUGUGUCCUCCUCAUCAUGGAUAUACGCUUUAUGGACCUGAAGUGAACUUCAGGAUGGAACCGCUGUCUGAUAAGACUCUUGGAAGUAUCUUUUAUGGCUUAAAGACAUGGAACAUUGUCUGGUGUUUUAUUAAAGAGGUUUUAUUUCA